AUGUUAGAACAUUUCUUAGAAUUCUAUUCUGAUCUAAGUGGUCAUAUUCUAUGUCCCGUGCUAGGAAGCAUUACUCCUCUUUUCAUUCCAAAUUCAAGAAUACGACCGAUACGAUUAAUUGGUCUGUGCGCCUCUCUUAUAACUUUUUUGUAUUCUCUUGUUCUUCGGAUACAAUUCGAUCCUUCUACGGCCAAAUCUCAAUUUGUGGAAAGCCUUCGAUGGCUUCCUUAUGAAAACAUUAAUUUGGAUUUGGGUAUAGACGAUAUCUCUUUAUUCUUCGUGAUAUUGACCACAUUUCUGAUCCUUAUUUGCAUUUUAGUGGGUUGGUCUUGUAUGAGAAGUUAUGGGAAAGAGUAUAUUACAACAUUUCUAAUUCGUGAAUUUCUAAUGAUCGUCGUGUUUUGCAUGCUGGAUCUUCUACUAUUCUAUGUUCUUCUCGAAAGAGUGCCAAUCCCUAUGUUGUGCGAAGCUGAGCAUCUUCUAUUCGCUGGGAUAAGGCUUUUCCUCUACAUGGGCCUUGUGCAGUAA